ACGGUUUGGAGUCCGAUGAUCACCAAACUAACCGCAUUUGGUUGUCCACCAGAACUGAUUUGCUUAAUCAGCGCCACUCCUUGGACGGUUUGAGCCCUGCUGCGCGGCGUCUGAAUCACUCGGUCGCCAUAGCGCACUCAGCCGCUGAAAAACUUGAGCACAUCCGAAAUUAUCCUGAAAGUGUAGCUGGCGUCGUGGAAUUCGAUGCAUAUGAAGUUUUAGUAAUCCCGCGUUGGCUCGGGAAAUCCAGUCUACGCCACUGCCAGCAGGCUCUCUACGACGCCAUACUCGCAAUGCAAGAAGUUACCGCUAUAGAAUUCCAGCGCUUGCCUCUAGCAGAAAUUCCUUGUUCGGAUCUCUCAACAAUAGGAAAUACUCUGGACAAUCAGCCUUAUUUCAAGCCACUUUAUUACCCAAAAUUAUAUGUGACGAAGCCAAGUGCACUUGGUCCUGGGCUGGGGAGGACCGCCAUCAUCAACGCCUUGAACCAUCUGCAGAGAACCUGUGUCAUCCUCAUGCAGCUCUCCGAGGCCGCCCUCGCGGCCAACGACCUGGGAGGCGCUCCAGCAGUCCUGCUGGCGCAGAGCUUCACACAGGCGACAAUUUCCAGAACGCUUGAUUUUGAAGUAAAAUUCCUGAUGGCAGAAGAAUGUGCACACAUUGCGUGCGGGAUGUAUUCUAAGUUGAAGAUCCCAACUCAGUUCAGACGCACUGAGUUCUACUCAUUCUACAUGGAGCUCUUCGCUCAAGCUCAAUUCCUAAGGAAGAUGCCGAAAAAAACUUACCGGGAAAACAUUCAAUACGUCGACUUCCUAAUCUCGUCGGGCCGCAGCCUUGAGAAGAAGCUGGCAGUUCGGGACCCGAGGUUGUUAGGAGACCUGCUGGUGUCAACGCGUCUUCUGUUGUCGGACUUGUGCCGACGCAAGGCGCAACUAACCACCAUGGAUCCUGACAAUUACGUGCAUUGUCCGGCAUUAGGGAAGCAUAGAGAUAUGCUGGACAGAAGCCAAGAGACACAAGAGACACAAGUCAAACUUCAUCAGCUUCAUGAAAUGACUUUGGCCCACUUGACACACGCCUCGUCCUUCUUCGAGGAGCGGGAUGGCCUCUUGACAGGCGCAACGGGCCCCUUGACGGGUGCAACGGGCCCCUUGACGGAUGCAACGGGCCCCUUGGCGGAUGCAACGGGCCCCUUGACGGAUGCAACGGGCCCCUUGACGGAUGCAACGGGCCCCUUGACGGAUGCAACGGGCCCCUUGACGGAUGCAACGGGCCCCUUGACGGAUGCAACGGGCCCCUUGACGGAUGCAACGGGCCCCUUGACGGAUGCAACGGGCCCCUCGACGGGAACGUCGGGCCCCGUGACAGGCAUGUCGGGCCCCGUGACAGACAUGUGGGGCCCCGAACGUCGGUGCUACGUCGGGGUGCUCCAGCGGUGCGUCGUCAUGGAGACGUUCAUCGCGCUGGACUACGUCCAAGAUAAAAUUAAUCAAGAUAGAGGACUUUCGAUUCUGGUUGACAGCCAAGUGAAUUGCGCGUUAAUAUUAUCUUAA